UUGAGUAGAUUUUAGUGAUUCUGAAUAGAAUGAGGAAUCUAGCCUUAGAGAAGAGGCAUUACAAACGAAUAGAAGAAUGCCCAUGAUCAGAUUUGCCGGCAGCAGGCCUGUUCAAUACAGCCUAAUUUUGAUAGGAGAAGAAGACGAAAGUAGAGUAAAGACACAAGUCCCAAAAUGGAGGACAGCAUUCACCCUAUUAGUAAUCCUUAUAGCAGUCAUCAUCAUCUCUUCUCUAGGAAAUGAUCAAUUGAAGGAACGAGCAGGUGUAGUCAUAGCAACAACCGCUCUACUCUGGUGCACAGAAGCCAUGCCUCUCAUGAUAACAGCACUGAUGCCAGCUAUCCUCUUCCCCUUUGCGGGUGUCUUGGACACUAAACAAGUAUCAGCUGUUUACUGGAACUACAUUAGUAUGCUCAUGUUGGGUACCUUCCUGAUGGCUGAGAGUGUGGAGGCGUGUGGGCUGCACAAAAGGAUAGCCCUGGCUAUUCUCUCCCUUCUGGGCCGUAGCGAAGCUUUGUUGUUGUUAGGGUCUAUGUUGGUAGCAUGGAAACUUUCAAUGUUUAUGAGCAACACAGCUACAACGGCGAUGAUGCUGCCAAUCAUAGGGGCAAUUAUUGAGAGUUUGCGUUCGAUACAACGUGAAAUGGACCGAAAGAACGGAGCAGCUGGGAUCGAUAUGGGAACGGUAACAACGAACGGAAGUGUGGCUGAGAAGCUAGCAGAGGAAGAAGAGGAGGAGAGGGACUCUGUUCACAGACGGUUAAUUUUAUCGAUUCCGUAUGGAGCGAGUAUUGGUGGUAUUGCAACAUUAACUGGAACCCCUCCCAAUCUUGUCUUUAAAUCAAAUCUGGAGAAGUUCUUCCCAAAUAGCCCUUCCGUCGACUUUGGUAAAUGGAUGGCCUUCUGCUAUCCUAUUUCUUUCCUACUAGUGAUAACAGGAUGGCACGUUUUGGUGAUAAUGUAUGCUAGACACAGUUACGUGGACAUGAUUAAGUUAAUUGGCAAGAAACUUGUCAACAUCUUUGUGCCGGGCCGCUUCUCAACAGAUGACACCGACGAUCAGAAGAAAUGGAAACAAGUUAACAGCGAAAUCCAAAAGAAAUACCGAGCUCUAGGACCUCUGAGGUUCCCCGAGGUAGUUUUGUUUUGUCUUGUAAUUAUCCUGGUUAUUUUGUGGCUGUUCAGAGAUCCUGCUGGUUUACAGGGGUGGAGCAUCGCUCAUUACAAAAGCUUGGUACAGCAUGAUGCAGUUGAAGGAGCAUACGGUAGCGAUGGAGAAUCAAUACACCCGUAUCUUAAAGACGCUUGGAUAGCUAUAGUUAUUGGAGUGGUUCUCUUCAACAUCCCCACUGAGAAUCCUUUAGAAGGAACAUGGCUCUGGAAGGCUCCUCCAGGUAAGAAGUUUAAGAGGUCUGAGAAGUUGUUGACAAUGGAGACUGUGAUGAAGAAGACUCCCUGGGAUGUUCUUAUUCUGUUGGGUGGUGGGUAUGCAAUUGCAGAGGGUUGUGAGUCAUCAGGAUUAUCUCAAUGGCUAGGAGACAGCUUUGGAUUCCUGAUAGGGCAGAAUAACGUUCUAAUAGCUAUGGUGAUCUGCUUCAUGGUAGCUUGCUUGACGGAGGUGGCUUCCAACACCGCUUCAACCACUCUUCUCAUGCCCGUCCUCGCUCCAAUGAGCAAGACUUUGAACGUGAAUCCUCUAUUUUUGAUGAUAAGCGGUACGAUAUCAGCUUCACUCGCUUUCUGCCUUCCUUCUGCUACUGGACCAAAUGCUCUUGUGUUUACUUUCAAGGAGAUAAAAGUCAUUGACAUGCUAAGGACAGGAGUAAUAAUGAAUAUACUGAGUGUGCUGGUUGUGGUUCUGGGUGUUUCUACAUGGACCUUGUCUAUUCUAGGAAUAGAAAACAACGAAUAUAUUGAUAGUUGGGAACCUUAAAUGCGAUGACGAAACCCCGUCACGAAACCCCGGCCCAGGUUUUAAGUGUGAGGUCAAAAAAUAGUAAAUACUGAGUCAAUGGUAACGAAAGUUGCCAUUGUCCCAAGCUCCUUAGCACAUAAAAUUUAAGUUCGGAACAAGAUUGUGGAGUUUCUAGCUUGGCUUUUAUUUCAUUUUAUACAUGAACGUUUUUUGGAUUGUAGCUAUUGUAUUUCACCAGAAAUAUGCAGCUCUAUAAUUUUUAAUUUUGCAGUGGCUAUUAGUCCACCAACUUUAACGACGAUUUAAUACUAUAGAUUUUUUAAUCUUCCAAAUGAUUGAUGAUAACCAGACUUUGAAAAUUCGUCGAAAUUCUGUAAAAAGUGUUUAUAAGAUUAAAAUAUAAAUCUCAUUACAGUUGUAAUCAGUUCAUAGCAGGUUGUCAAAUAGAUUACCGUAUAAUUUAAUAGAUUUUUUGGGGAAUAUGAUUAGGAUUAUUUUA